GUAUGCUGGCACCGCUUCCGGCCUUGGACGCCGCUGCCGGGGCCCUCUCGGGUGGCCCGGGGGCUAGAUGGGGUGUAUUUCGAGCUCCGCUGAAAGGCUGAGGGCAGCGAGCUGUGGAACUUGUCAGCGGUAGUAGCACCCGGCGGGCGGGUUUCCUGCGGCGAUUUGGGCCAGUCCAGUGGCGGACCUCUUCCCAUCCGCCCUCUACCGGUACUGCAUGACCUUCACGCUGUGCGAUGGCGUCGACGUGGCCAUGAGGCUUGUCUCUCACGCAAAGGCCAACGGAUUCAGGGGCAAGGUCAGGCACGUGUCGACAUCAUGCUCCGACUUCACGCUCCUGCUCAAGACUGAUGACGUGGGCAAGCAAACUCUGAAGGGCUUCGCAAGCUGGCUGGCGACACAGGUGCCGGUCCGCGCCCCUGGCGCAGAGGCAAGUACGGCGUUUGCGAAAGCCGCGGAAGCGGACGCCGCGCGGGUGGAGGUGACGUCGGACCCAUUCAACCCUCUCACCCGCGACCGGGAGCUGCUGGACAUGUACAACGAGGGGUGGCUGACUGCUGUCUACGCUACUACGGAGGUGCGGCGGGCGCUGGAGAAAGCUAACACGGAAGCGGAGCGGGGGGAACGGAACAGCAAAUCCAGCCUGGGCAAGUCGAGAGCGUCUUCGUCGCACGCCGAGUGAUGGUGGUGUCAUUUGGGCGGCUGGAAGCUGUGGGAGGCAACAAGGGCGGGGUAAUGGGCUUUUGGGGGUACAGGGAUUGGUGCCGGGCCAGCUGGUGGUGGCGGUGGUCGCCGCCCCAAGCCCACCACCAGCUACUGUGGUGGCACGCAUGUGCGGAGCGGAGGGGGCGGACAGGGCCAUGUCGAGGAGGAGAAGAGCGCCGCCCCGGCGCACAGGUUAAGGCCUGCCAUGGUGCGAUUAGUGACGUCUAUGCAAGUAUGGCAUGUUGAUUUAUCUGGCGGGAUGCUUUAGCUUGACGUGAUUGGACGCAACUUGGUGGGCGGUGCCUGUUCAAACCGAAUCCAGCAACGUCUGGGAGAUGAGGCGUUGUUUCGAAACCUUCGGCCUCAGACAGUACACGCGGUGUAGACUUGGCCACUUGCCUCGUCACGGGAGACCACCUUGUAUGUCAACGUCUGGGAUGAGAAAUGUCCAAAGUUUUACUCUAAUUGACACCUCCAUUUUGGCUGAGUUUCAUGUUUCAUGUGAGUUCCGCUCCAGUUUCGGCUUCUGGAGGUAGAUUGACGAGUGUUGCGGAACUAAUGCGUACGUAGACCAGAGCGGAAGGCGGAGUGGGCUUGCAGGCGACACGAGAGUAGGCAGUCAGUAGAUCCCAGUUUCAGCCGUGCAAAACCAGCGUAUGGAAACCGGGUCAGCCC